CUCGCUCUGGUCGCUGUGGUCGGGCUCGGGACCGGCUGCCAUCUUAGUCGAGGGACUGAGGAGUCGCCGCCGCCCCGAGUCCCGGUAACAUGCAUUUCACAGUGGCCUUCUGGAGACAACGCCUUAAUCCAAAAAAGUGACUUGAGCAGAGAACUUCAGGUUUGUUGUCCUGUUGUCUUGUUGGUGGUAUGUCUGACAGUGGAUCACAGCUUGGUUCAAUGGGUAGCCUGACCAUGAAAUCACAACUUCAGAUCACUGUCAUCUCAGCAAAACUUAAAGAAAAUAAAAAGAAUUGGUUUGGACCAAGUCCUUAUGUAGAAGUCAUAGUAGAUGGACAGUCAAAGAAGACAGAAAAGUGUAACAAUACAAACAGUCCCAAAUGGAAGCAACCCCUUACAGUUAUUGUUACCCCUGUGAGUAAAUUACGUUUUCGUGUGUGGAGUCACCAGACACUGAAAUCUGAUGUUUUGUUGGGAACUGCUGCACUAGAUGUUUAUGAAACAUUAAAGUCAAACAAUAUGAAACUUGAAGAAGUGGUUGUGACUUUGCAGCUUGUAGGUGACAAAGAGCCAACAGAGACAAUAGGAGACUUGUCAAUUUGUCUUGAUGGGCUGCAGUUAGAUGCUGAUGUUGUUACUAAUGGUGAAACUACAUGUUCAGAAAGUAAAGUGAACACAAAUGGAUCAGAUGACCCUGAUGAUUCAGGGUCUGGUGAAAAUAGGAGAACCAAUGGGAACAAUUCUCCAUCACUCUCCAAUGGUGGGUUUAAGCCUUCUAGACCUCCAAGACCUUCACGACCACCUCCACCCACACCUCGAAGACCAGCAUCUGUCAAUGGCUCACCAUCUACCACUUCUGAAAGUGAUGGAUCUAGUACUGGUUCUCUACCAUCAACAAAUACAAAUACCUCUGAAGGAGCAACAUCUGGAUUAAUAAUUCCUCUAACUAUUUCCGGAGGCUCAGGUCCUAGACCAUUAAAUACUGUAACUCAAGCUCCCCUACCACCUGGGUGGGAACAGAGAGUGGACCAGCAUGGGCGAGUUUAUUAUGUAGAUCAUGUUGAAAAAAGAACAACAUGGGAUAGACCUGAACCUCUACCUCCUGGCUGGGAGCGGCGGGUUGACAAUAUGGGACGUAUUUAUUAUGUUGACCAUUUUACAAGAACAACAACAUGGCAGAGGCCAACACUGGAAUCUGUCCGCAACUAUGAACAAUGGCAGCUACAACGUAGCCAACUUCAAGGAGCAAUGCAGCAGUUUAAUCAGAGAUUUAUUUAUGGGAAUCAAGAUUUGUUUGCUACAUCACAAAAUAAAGAAUUUGAUCCGCUUGGUCCUUUGCCACCUGGGUGGGAGAAAAGAACUGAUAACAAUGGCAGAGUAUAUUUUGUCAACCACAACACUCGAAUUACUCAAUGGGAAGACCCCCGAAGUCAAGGUCAAUUAAAUGAAAAGCCCCUACCUGAAGGCUGGGAAAUGAGAUUCACAGUGGAUGGGAUUCCAUAUUUUGUGGACCACAAUAGAAGAACAACAACCUACAUAGAUCCCCGAACAGGAAAAUCUGCCUUAGACAAUGGACCCCAAAUAGCCUAUGUUCGAGACUUCAAAGCAAAGGUUCAGUACUUCCGGUUUUGGUGUCAGCAACUGGCCAUGCCACAGCACAUAAAGAUUACAGUGACAAGAAAAACAUUGUUUGAAGAUUCCUUUCAGCAGAUAAUGAGCUUCAGUCCCCAAGAUCUGCGAAGACGUUUGUGGGUGAUUUUUCCAGGAGAAGAAGGUUUAGAUUAUGGAGGUGUAGCAAGAGAAUGGUUCUUUCUUUUGUCACAUGAAGUGUUGAACCCCAUGUAUUGCCUGUUUGAAUAUGCAGGGAAGGAUAAUUACUGCUUACAGAUAAACCCUGCAUCUUACAUCAAUCCUGAUCAUCUGAAAUAUUUUCGCUUUAUUGGCAGGUUUAUUGCCAUGGCUCUAUUCCAUGGAAAAUUCAUAGACACGGGUUUUUCCUUACCAUUCUAUAAACGUAUCUUGAACAAACCAGUUGGACUUAAAGAUUUAGAAUCUAUUGAUCCAGAAUUUUACAAUUCUCUCAUCUGGGUUAAAGAGAACAAUAUUGAAGAAUGUGGCUUGGAAAUGUACUUCUCUGUGGAUAAAGAAAUUUUAGGUGAAAUUAAGAGCCAUGAUUUGAAACCCAAUGGUGGCAAUAUUCUUGUGACAGAAGAAAAUAAAGAGGAAUAUAUAAGAAUGGUGGCUGAAUGGAGGUUGUCUCGAGGAGUUGAAGAACAGACACAAGCUUUCUUUGAGGGCUUUAAUGAAAUUCUUCCCCAGCAGUAUUUGCAGUACUUCGAUGCAAAGGAAUUAGAGGUACUUUUAUGUGGAAUGCAAGAGAUUGAUUUGAAUGACUGGCAAAGACAUGCUAUCUACCGCCAUUACACUAGGACAAGCAAACAAAUCAUGUGGUUUUGGCAGUUUGUUAAAGAAAUUGAUAAUGAGAAGAGAAUGAGACUUCUGCAAUUUGUUACUGGAACUUGCCGAUUGCCAGUAGGAGGAUUUGCUGACCUCAUGGGGAGCAAUGGGCCACAGAAAUUCUGCAUUGAAAAAGUUGGGAAAGAAAAUUGGCUACCCAGAAGUCAUACCUGUUUUAAUCGCCUGGACCUUCCACCCUAUAAGAGCUAUGAGCAACUGAAGGAGAAGCUGUUGUUUGCCAUUGAAGAAACAGAAGGAUUUGGACAAGAGUAACUUCUGAGAUCUUGUACUGCCCAAGGACAAGAACUUAUUUUGCAGUGUUUGUCCUUUUCCUUCUCUGCCUAUUGCACAUCUAGUUGUAAAAUUGGACUAUGACUGUUGAGAGAGUUAAUCUGAGUGUAAGUAAGUUAAUGUUAUCAUUGAAAUUGAUCUCUUGGUGAUUCUGGAUUUCUGUUCAGCAUUUCCAGAAAUCAGAUCUAUGAACACUUGUCAGAAACUUACUUAACAUGAGAUUUAACACACAAUGAAAUCUGCCUUGUCUUAUUCCACUA